AUGGUAGAGAUCGUCCCACUGAGCGUGCUCGAUGACGCAAGUCCAAUGGACGAUAGCAACUACGACAUUUUCGUACUCGUCGCCAAUCUGGGUUGCAAAUGCCACCAGGGCGAGAUCGACAAGCGAUUUCCGCAGCUGAACGAGUACCUCAAGCUCGAUGCUAGCUUCUCGAGCUCCGUCAACCUUGCUGUCGUCAAUGGAAAACGAUUGGUCGUCUCGCCGACUGGCCCGUUGAACCGAUGCGAGGACGAUGUUCGCCGAUUCUUCGACGCAGGAGAAGCAGGGAUCAAGCGUGCCCUCGCCACUGGAGCCAAGAAACCGGCGAUUAUCUCGCUUCACAGCGACAGCUUUGAAAACGCAACGCUGGUGACCCUUCUCGGCGCCUACCACGCGCUGUACACCACCCUUGAGCAUCGAGAAUCGAAGCCAUCGGAAGCUAAGAAAGCCGAGCGCCUGGGAAUCUGGUCGAACAACGCUGAUUCUGCGAAAGCUGUCCAGGAAAAGGCGCAAAACAUCGAGGCGGCGAAAACCGUCUACCGAGACAUUCUUGGCUCCGAUCCUGAACGAAUGGCGCCCAAAAUGGUGGAAAAAUACGUGCGAGACAUUUUCAACGGCAGCUGCGUUUCCAUCAAUGUCGUGGAAGGAGCAGAAACGCUGGUGAAGGAGUACCCCUGCUUUGCCGCUGUUGAUCGCUGUGCAAACACGGUCGAGCGACACCGAGGCCGCGUCAUUUGGCUCGAUUACAACCCCGGCGAUGCGAAGAAGACGCUUCUCCUCGUCGGCAAGGGUGUCACCUACGAUACUGGUGGAGCCGACAUCAAAGCCGGCGGCCACAUGGCUGGAAUGCACCGAGACAAGGGCGGCGCAGCGGCAGUUGCUUCUUUCUUAUACGCGCUGACCAAGAUCAAGCCGGCCGGAGUGCGCGUCAUCGGUGGAAUGGCCAUGGUUCGAAAUUCUGUUGGCUCAGAAGCCUAUCUCGCAGACGAGAUCAUCACCAGCCGCGCUGGGGUUCGCGUCCGAGUCGGUAACACCGACGCUGAAGGUCGAAUGGCAAUGGUCGACGUUCUCUGCCACGCGAAAGAAAAGGCGCUGAACGAGCACCUCCCCGACCCCGAAAUCUACACGAUCGCGACACUGACGGGCCACGCCUGCCUCGCAGUCGGGGACUACACUGCCAUCGUGCCCAACGGCCCGUACCGCCGCGAGAAUCUGCACUUGAAGCUGCAAGAAGCUGGCGAGCAGAUCGGCGACCAGUUCGACUGCUCGACACUGCGACGAGAGGACUACCUCUUCCACAAGGGCAAGGACGAGCAAUCCGACGUCCUUCAGUGCAAUAACAAGCCAUCGUCCCAAACUGCCAGAGGACAUCAGACUCCCGCCGCCUUCAUGAUUCUUACUUCUGGCUUGAAGGAGCACGGUCUUGGUUCUGACAAGCCGCUGAAAUACGCUCACUUGGAUAUUGCUGGUUCCUCUGGCCCGUUCCCAGGACUGCCAACCGGUGCGCCAGUGAUGGCUCUUCUCCAGAACUAUUUCUUCUGA